AUGGCACUUCGUCCUUCCUCUGUUCCACAGCGCGUCCCUCUGCCGUCUCCUCCUACGUCCUCUCUUCCACAGCGCGUCCCUCUGCCGUCUCCUCCUACGUCCUCUCUUCCUGUCGUUCCGGACCCUGAGUCUGACCGUGUUCGUGCUGCCAGCCCUACUGUCACCCGUCUCCUAGCUACUGUUGUCACUGACCCGUCGUUUAAGUCUACUGCUACGUCUACCUUAGUUGCUGAGCUUGUGGACUUUGCUGCUGUGUGUCGUCUAGACUACGCUGCCAGUCUUGUUGCUAAGUCUGAGUCUGUCUGUCCUCCGUCUGUUAGGGGUGAGUGUGCUCUUGGCACAGACGUCCUUGAGGACAGGCAGGAGGACUUUGAGUGUCUUGCGGCUGCUGUACCUCAUCUAGUGGCAUGGCUGCUUGCGCCUGAGGGAGACCUAAAUGCACUUAACAUUCCGACCCCGCGUUCUUACGCAGAGGCAAUCACGGUUCCCCCUCCUGGGGCGAACAUUGUCGAUGGCAUGUGGAUUUUCAGGGUGAAGCGGCCGCCGGGUUCUCCGUCUGUCUUCAAGGCGCGUUACGUUGCACGAGGCUUCAGUCAGCGACAGAGAGUUGACUUCUUUCAGACCUUCUCCCCUACCCCGAAGAUGACCACUCUUCGGGUGCUGCUGCACGUUGCCGCUCAGCGUGACUACGAGCUUCACUCUCUUGACUUCGGCACAGCGUUCUUACAGGGCAGCCUGCACGAGGAGAUCUGGCUGCGCCGCCCACCUGGCUUCACUGGGUCGUUCCCUCCUGGUACCCAGUGGAGCCUCAGGCGGCCAGUCUACGGUCUCCGCCAGGCGCCUCGUGAGUGGCACGACACACUGAGGACGACACUUGCGGCUCUUGGGUUUGCUCCUUCCACUGCUGACCCGUCGUUGUUUCUACGCACCGACACCUCGCUGCCGCCGUUCUACAUCCUCGUGUACGUCGACGACUUGUUUUUUGCCACUGCUGACACUGAGGCACUGGCCCUUGUGAAGUCGGAGCUGCAGAAGAGACACACGUGCACAGACCUGGGUGAGCUGCGCAGCUACCUUGGCUUGCAGAUCACCCGGGACAGAGCACGCCGCACCAUUACCCUGACUCAGUCACACAUGGUGCAGCAGGUCCUUCAGCGCUUCGACUUCCAGUACUCCUCACCACAGUCCACUCCUCUGUCUACACGUCACUCGCUCUCAGCUCCACCUUCGAAUGAGUCCGUAGAGCCGAGUGGCCCGUGCCCAAAGCUUGUGGGCUGCCUCAUGUACCUGAUGACCUGCACUCGUCCUGACCAUGCGUAA